UUUUAGAUCAUUUCGGUGCAUUGAUUGCUUUUGUUUGAACUAAUUGAGUUUCGGAAUCUAAUGAGGGUUUUGUUUGUUUGUUUCGAUUAGUUUGGGGUUUUGCAUUUUUUUUCUUUUUUUUUUUUUUGGGUGUGAUUCUUGUGUUUUUGUUCUUUGGAUUUGGCUUUAUUUCUUUGGUGACAUUUGGUUGGAUUUAUUUGCGUAUUUUUGGCUAAUUUUUCGGAUCUCGCUGACUUGUGUAAGUGAUUGAUUCUCUGUUUUCUUUUUUGGAUUCUAAUUUUAGGGUUUUUGAUUUAGACUUACUCAUAGCUUCCACAAAUUUCGCAGAUUGAACCGAAUCCGUGUCCAUUGGUUUUGUGCGGUUGUGUUUUUCAGUCACUGUGAUUAAUUAGUUCCAAAACUCAUUUUGUGGAAGCUAGAAAGUUGACGCGUUAUAAUGGAGGAUGGUUUUUUUUGGAAGGUUUUCUUAAGGAACUAGGAGAAGUUAGGAUUUCAAUCUGAACUUUGACAUUCUUGUGUUGUGGUGAUCGUAUUAUUGUUUGGAAAUGAAAAUCCAAGAAUGCAUUCUCUAUCGGGUAACUUUUGGGUAUCUGUGUUUUAUGCCUGCAGUUUCGGAGAUGCUCUUUUGUGUUGUUCGUUAAGGGUUCUUAUUCAUUCUGUGCUUGAGUUCUUUUCUGAACUCAGAAGCACGUUAGUUUUUAUUCUAUUCUAGCUCGAAAAGACACAAUACAGUUUUGGUAUUUUUUUGAGAGGCAUGGUGCUGGGGUUAUUCUCAGAGUUCUAAUUUUGAAGAGCUUUGGGAACUCGUGUGGCGAAGUCAUAAAAACCUGAGUCUUGGUCCUUCUCCAGCAUGGGGUCUGUUUGUUGUGUUGCGGCUAGGGACAAGACUAUAGUUAGUGGAUCUGGGAGUGAAACCUUAUGUAGGAAUAUAAGGUAUUCGCCUAAUUGGAGCUUUCGAUGGGAUAAUCGUGGACGGGUAGCAGGUGAAGAGACUUCAAUAAGUUGGUUUUCUGAUAGUGUUAGCCGCAAUGAUAGAGUGGAGCCGAAGUGUGAGUCAGCAUAUGCGUCUGAGGAUGGAAGUCCAUUCGAACAUCUCCGUAGACGACGUACAUGGCAAAAAUCCCCACCGCCAGAAGGCACAACUAAUAGUUUAAGAACUCCUAGUUCAGGUCAAUCAAAUUCAAGGAAUUUAUCGAUAGAUGCGAGUCUAGAACAGGUGAAGGAGGCUACAGAAUCUCCCGCAGCUUCAUAUAAGUCUCCUGCAAAUUUGUCACUUUCAUUGCCUUCAGCUUCAUCUUUGUCAACAUCUCCUUUGUCAUCACAGAGUUAUUUGCCUCCAACUAAUUCAUCCCUAACAAGGUGUUCCCAUCGAUCCCCAGGACAUCAGCUGUUGCGUCAAGUGUCUGACGGCCGAAUCCGAGGAUUAAAAUCCCCAAGUAGCUAUUUAGCUUUUGAUGAUAGACAAAGGCUUCCCUCUUGGAGCAAUGAAUCGGUCCGGGAAUCACAUGGAGGGUCUUCAGAUUGUUGGUCUGUACAUGCUUUCUCAGAACUCAUGGCCACUUCUCAUAGAGAAAGGUGGUCUUUUGAUAGUGACUCUUUUGGCUUUAACGGUGAAAAAAUAGGCAGAUCUAGUAGUCAAUUUUCAACUUCCUCAGUUGAUUUGCAAACUUGCGGAGUUUGCUUGAAGCUGUUGACCGAGAAAUCCUCGUGGAGUAGCCAAAGGAUUAUUGCUAACAAUGAACUUUCUGUUGCUGCUAUACUAACCUGUGGACAUGUUUAUCAUGCCGAUUGCUUGGAGAGUAUGACACCUGAAAUUCACAAGUACGACCCCGCUUGUCCAGUUUGUACCUUCGGGGAGAAGCAUACGCAGAAGCUAUCCGAGAAGGCGCUUAAAGCUGAAAUGGACUGGAAGAGUCUAUACAAGAGAUCCAAAAACUGUAUUGCAGAUGGUGGUUUUGAUGGUGAUUAUACUGCAAACGAUCCUUUCAAAAACAAUCCACGUCUUGAAAGAGGUUCCAAAAUGUCUGCCAGUUCUAGCAUGAGAAGCUCCUCAGGAAAGCCUUUCUUGAAACGGCACUUCUCCUUUGGCUCAAAGGGAUCGUCUAGAAUGAUGUCCGAUAACCACUCCACGAGAAGGAAAGGAUUUUUCUGGACAAAAUCUAGCAAAAUAUGAGAGAUUUUAACAGCCCGGUCAUUUCACGUUGGGAAGUCGUGUUUCAUGAAACAGGAACCAUCAACUUCUGUGCCUCGUCAAUGGAAACGUCGCCAUAAGUUCUGUUCCCUCGUCCACUGCAGCUGAUGAUUGCUGCUGCAGCUCCUUCAAUCCGGAUGCCUUCCAGAACUUGUUUGUGAUCUUGUUGAAAGUCUCAUGAAAACAGAAUUGCCAGUCAACUUCAUAACUCCAGUUUGAAUGUCUGUAUACAUAUCAAAGAUAUGAUAUAUAAAUGUUAAUGAGUUGAAAUUCUUUGUUUUGGAUUCUUGUUUAUACACGAUCUCAUUUGAGUAAAACUGAUUCCAAUAUAAAAUCUUCCUAUGAUCACUGAGCUGCA